UUCACCCCGCAGCUGCCUUCAGCCUGUAAACAGGAACCACUACCAAAAGAAGCAAGCCUUAAACUAUGCUUUUCUCAGGGCUAGAUGUUUACUCGGGAUAAGAAGGUUUCUUCGUCUACCUUGGGUCCCUUUCUAAAGGUUCUUCAUAUGUAUAGAAAUUCCUAGGAAAAAGGAGAACGUGUCCAGAAGACUUCAGUAAAAAAUGCUUUUCUAUGUAUUACUCUUUCUUGGCAUUGUCUCUCUAUGGUGGCAUUGGAAGGCAAGAGACAGGAUGAAGGUUACAAAUCUAACUGGAAAAUAUAUAUUCAUCACUGGAUGUGACACAGGAUUUGGAAAUAUGGCAGCAAAGAUUUUUGAUAAAAAGGGAUUCCGUGUUUUUGCCAGCUGUCUGACUGAAACAGGAGCCAAAGAAUUAAAAGCUGUGACCUCAAAUCAGCUUCAGACAGUGCUGCUAGAUGUUAGAGAUUCAGACAAUGUUAAGAAAGUGGCUGCAUGGAUCAAAGCUGAAGUUCAGUCAGAGGGUCUCUGGGGACUUAUCAAUAAUGCUGGGAUUAUGGGGCCAUCAGUUCCUACAGACUGGUUGGAUAUUGAGCACUUCAGAGAACCAAUUGAAGUUAAUUUAAUUGGACUCAUAAAUGUUACAAUAAAUAUGCUUCCCUUGAUAAAAAAAGCAAAGGGAAGGGUAGUGAAUGUAUCCAGUGUUGGAGGUCGCCUGGCAUUCAGUGGUGGAGGCUAUUUUCCUUCCAAGUUUGGGGUAGAAGGAUUUAAUGACAGCUUAAGGAGAGAUAUGGCAGCUUUUGGAGUUAAGGUUUGUUGCAUUCAACCUGGACUGUUUAAAACAGCAUUAUCCAAUCCAGCAAAUGUUAUGAAGGAGAAAGAGGUUAUUUGGAAUAAGCUUUCCCCUGAUAUUAAAAUGCAAUAUGGAGAAGACUAUUUUCAGAAAGAUACAGUGAAGAAACAAAAACUCUCCAAAAUCUGUCUUAACAAGGACAUUUCUCUGGUUGUUCACUGCAUGGAGCAUGCCCUAACAAGCCUCCAUCCACGUACUCAUUACGUCAUUGGGCAGGAUGCUAAGUUGUUUUGGAAUCCCCUCUCAAGAAUGCCAGCAGUUAUACAAGACUUCCUAUUGCUGCAGAACAGAGCAGAGCUUGCAGUCUCCCAUGCAAAGUAAAUAUUUGCCAGUAUACCCUCCAUCACAUAGAAGGCUGAUUCUGUAAAAUCAUAUCUUUUAUAUCAGCAUGAUACAAACUAUACAUGAAAUACACAUUUAAAUGUAAGAAAUAUAUCUUUUACUCCAAUAUCUGCUACUAU